UCGUCAUCAUCAUCAUCAUCAUCAUCAGACAAUCACCGACAGAUUAUCUACUUUCAUUUCGUCUGAACACACGUACACACACACACACAGAUAGACGCGCGCUCGCUCGCUCGACAAGCCGUCUAAACACAAAAUUCAUGAUGUGGCAGCAGACAAUAAAUCAAAUAUUGUUUUUCAUUAUUGUUAUAUACGCUAGUUGUCUAAUUAUCCAUGUUCAAUCUAUUCCCUAUCAUCAUAGAUCAUUUUUAUUACCAUUGAGUAGUAGUAGUAGUAGUUUAGAUCCAUUGGAAAAUGCUCAAACAUUAUCAAUUACACCGGAAACUAGUGAAACAACCAUACUUUUCAAAACUAUUCAACCACAAUUUACAAAAUCCAGUCGUCAACAACAACAAUCAUCAUCAAAUACAUCACCAACAGCGCCAUUAAAUCCUUUAAUGAAAAAAUCAUCAUUUCAGUAUGAUUUAAAUAAUUAUACUAUUAAACCAACAUUUUAUCAAUAUGUUAAAUCAUGUUGUAAUCGUGAAGUGAUGCGUCCAAUGGGUGGUGGACAUAUGACUGGACCAUGUUGUAAACAAUUAAUUAAAUUUAAUCAUUUUAUUUGGUUAUCAUUUCCAUGGUUUAAAAAAACACUGACAAAACUUACUACUACUACUGAAUAA